AUGCAAACGCAGAGAAUCAUCACUAAUUUCAACGUAAGGCCAUUGCUUGACGUGGCCGCCAGCGGCUCGCUGAACACGGACCCAUUCUCGGGCUCGCGAUCAUUCGUCGCGCAAGGACUACCAGGCCUCUGGCAGAUCCGCCUGCAGCAGACUGUGUCGGUCGUGACGGGCCAAGCAUACUCAUUCCAAUAUACUCUCAAGAUGGACCCGGGCGCAGGGUGCAUCAUGGACGUAUUAAUUAAUAAUGUGCGAACGCGACGGCCGAACCUGAAUCAGUAUCGGGGUCUAUAUACUACUUACGUUGAUCCAUGGACCGCAACUAGCGACACGGCAACGAUUUUGUUCAGCUCACAGUGCAAUUCGGGUGGUCCGACAAACAAGCUGUAUUAUGAUGAUAUUACAUUGACUACGGUCGACGCGCCCGAGGUUACGAUGCCGUAGAACCCCGAGUCUAGUUGAGAGGAACGAUAUUUAAAUGCUAUCAUCGGAUAUAUAGUAUAAUGAAUAGUCCUAAUGCCCUUCGAUGGAUAAAGA